AUGGGCGCUGCAGUUGAGCUUCCGCCGCUGCUUUCACUUACAUGCACGAAAGCUAUCGCCGUCGUCAAUAGGCCUAAGUAUGGUAUCUCCAUACUUACAACCCUCUCUCCUUCGCACGUCAACAAUCUCAUUGUAUCGAGAUCGACCUCGUCGGAUCGAGAUCCUCGUACAACCCGGGAACAACAUGAGUGCUACAAUGACCAGGGCACGGGAGAGAGUGAUCGACUUUUCCAACGACAAGGGGCCGUCCUAUACGCUCGGCCAGACAUUGCAAAUUUGUUAGCACGCUAUUUCCGUCCUUCGCCUUCUCAUCUUCUCAUUCCCGGAGCACGUCGAGAAAGAGACAAAGGCGUUGCGCAAACCACUUCACGAACUCAUCGAGCUUAG